UCAUCUACUUUAAAAAAAAAACCGCGUGAGCCACGGUGGAUCUUAUCUCAUCAACAAGAAUUUCCAUUUUCCAGUUGUCACAAAACUUGGCGCGAUAUAAAAACUACGAAAGAAUCCAAAGAUGAAAUUGCUUGUGUGUACGUGUUACCUGUCUUGCAUGGCGAUUAUCGGUUUUGCGCUUGCACUGCCGGUGAACAAAACUUCCAUCAACGCGAUACAUCCUAUAGUUCCUGAUAUAGUUAGAACAUCGAAUCAAGACUUAUUACGGCUCUACGAAUCGUCGCAGGACGCGGAAGUCCGUCCUGGUUUAUUUGAAGGAGAUAUAGCUGUCACCAGCGAGUACUUCGAUUACUGGCGCGUCGGUUUACGUUGGGACGUUUUUCCGGAUAAAUUAUGGGAAAAUAGGACAGUUCCUUACAUAAUCAGCGCCCUGUACAAUGUAACGGAUUACGUGAAAAUAUAUAAAGCCGUCACGUAUAUAAAUUAUAUGACAUGCAUAAAAUUUAUUCCAUGGGAUGGUAAAGCCAAGGAUUUCUUGCUGAUUUGGCCGACAAUGCAUCCGAAAGGGUGCUGGUCAUUUGUUGGAAAAUUUGGUGGAGCACAGAUACUUUCUCUAGAACCGCCAGACGAAAAGGGGCCAAAUUGCUUAGAAAACGAGGGAAGAGCGAUACACGAGUUGAUGCAUGCUCUCGGUAUUUUCCAUGAGCACAGUCGCGCUGAUAGAGACAUGUAUAUAGACAUACACUAUGAGAAUAUUAUCCCUGAAUUUCGAUCCAACUUCAACAAGCAAUCACCGGAGAACGCGACGUACAAUUACGAAUACGGAUAUAAUAGUAUCAUGCAUUACGGAAGCCAUUUCUUCAGCACAAAUCCUACAAAACCGACUUUGACACCAAAAAUACCAGGCGUCACGAUUGGCCAACGAAAAGCGAUGAGUAAAACUGACUGUCUGAAGCUGAACGAUCUGUACGGAUGCUUGGACAAACUAGAGGAAGCGCAAAUAUAUUACAAUAUUUGUAAAACAUUAGGAUUAUGAAUCUACAAACAUAUUUAUUUUUUUAUAUAAAAUUACAAAAAAAUGGUUAAAACUAUGAACUAAAUCAAUUAAAUAAUAUACAU